GUGGAGCUUGGACCGAGCGCGCCGUCGUACGUAUGAAUAAAUUUUAAAGUGUUCCUCGACAGUCGCCGUCGCAGUGCAACAGUCGCGUCGCCGUUGCAGUCACAGUCGCGGGUCGCAGGAAUGUGUACGCUCCACGGUCAUCGAGUGAAUGAAAGUUAAACGUUUAAAAUAAUAAUUUAAAUUUUGUGUGUAAGACUACAAAUUCAACGACUCAAAAUGUCUAUGGAUCCAACAGUUUCCCUGGAGGAUCUGGAGCGUCGUCGUCGUCGUGCCAGCUCGGCGCGAAAGGCUUCACAGACACCUCAGCCGCCGCCACAUUUGGCCGAAUCGGAGGCCAUGGCCGUGAUCAAUGAGAUAUUCAAUCCCUCGCUGAAGCUGCCCGACAGCGGUGGCCACUACACGCUGCCGGAGGAGAUGAGCGCCGACGAUGAUGUGGCGCCCCACGAGCUGGACAUUUCGAAGCUAGCGGAGCUGAAGGAAGUGUUCGCGCUCUUUGACACGGACUGCGAUGGCCUGAUAUCGAAGGAUGAUCUGCGCUUCACCUACACUGCCCUGGGCAACGAGCCCAACGAGCAGCUGCUGGAGCAAAUGAUGCUGGAGGCCAAAGAACCGCUCGACUACGAGGCCUUUGUACGUCUGAUGUCGCGCCGCACACAGGAACUGGAUCCCGAGGAUGUGCUGCUGGAGGCCUGGAGCAAAUGGGACGACCAUGGCACGGGCAAAAUCGAAGAACGCAAAAUCUACGAGGAACUGACCAACUAUGGCGACAAAAUGAGCCUCAACGAGGCCAAGGAGGCGCUCAGUCAUGCGCCAAUGGCCAAGCCCAAGUCCCUGGAGGAGCCGCCAAUGAUUGAUUAUCCAGCCUUCUGCCGCAUGCUCGGCGGCAUGCGCAAGCGAAAAGAAACCUAAGGAACCGAAAUGGAAUA